ACACUCUAACAACAGGCCAAAUUAACAUUGACUUGAUAACACGUUGUGAUUAAGAUGGCUGUCUUGGAGCACUACAGCCUUCCUGCCAGUAAGCUGAGAGUUUACGUGCACUACCAGCCCGCCUUCUACCACCUCCACAUCCACUUCACCAAGCUGGGCUUCAACCCUCCAAGCUGUGGCGUGGAACGCUCCCACCUCCUCGCUGAUGUCAUUCAGAACCUCCAGUGUGACUCUUAUUAUUACCAAAAACGGACAAUGUACUACCCUCUACGAGAGGACAGCAAUCUGCUCAGCAAGUUUAAGGCAGCUGGAAGAGUGUGACGUGCUGAGAGCACAGACACUCUCUGCCUCCAUCGGUACCAGUCACUGGUCUUCUUAACCACUCCUCUCUCAUCCAGGAGCAGGUUUUCUUCAGAGACCUCACUUUAUGGAAAGUCAAAUCACUGUAUGUGUGGAUGGUAACUCCACAAGAUCUAGUAGUGAUGGAUGUGAAAAGGCGUAAAACCACUGAUCCCAAAGGUCGCUCGCGGUCAGGCAGCAGUGUGUCGAUGUUGCCAUGGCCACUAUAUCCGAUUACAUGAUCACCCAACAGUAAUUCCACUUGAUGGAUGGAUGUUAAUGACCACCUGGUGGCGUCCAGAUUUUUGCCCAUUGAGGGCAAAGCACAGCCCUGACUUUGCCCCAAAAGGAGUUUUAAUUUCAAACUUUGUGUAGUUUACUUUUUAUACAAGCUGUGUUUUUUUUUUACAAUGUAAAUAGUUAUGUUCCAGAAGAGACACGUUAGAAUGG